AAAGAAAAAGAAGAAGAAUGUAUCCCUACAUUUAUUUUCAAUUUAUAUAUUCGAUUUUAAUUUGCUUGGCUCAUUUGUGCAAAUAACAUUUAUUAAUUUGAUGUAAUUCAGACAAAAUGGAUGUGGAGCAAAAAGUUGUCAAGGGAGAAAUCGAUUUUCAAAAUGAUGUGCUUUGUAAUAUAGAUAUUAAACAAGAAUUAAGUGACGAUGUUGCUGAGGCCGCUCUUCUAAAUGUAAAUACUAAUAUCAAUAUUAUUAAACAAGAAGUAGAUGACCAACUAAACAAAUCUAAAAUUUUUGGAAAAUCUAUGAUUUUGGUUAAAACAAAGAGGGACAAAUAUCAUAUAACAAACAUUCGAAAAAAACUUAAAUAUUCUGGAUGGAGAAAUAAAUCAAAAGGACUCUUAAAGAAUGGACAAUACCUAAAUCUAGAUAAUGAUGCUGGAAUCAAGAUAUGCAAGUUUUGUGGAAAUUUAUACACAAAACUAGAAGAAUUUGUUUACCAUUUUUCUACAAAUCACUUUAUGAAUAAGAAGAAGUUACAUCAGAAAAAUUGCAGAAGGGAAGUAACUGAAUCUGUCGUUUCAAGAAUUUUUAAUGAAGAUGUUAAAAAUGAAAUUGAAAUACUGGAACAUGAUUUGAAAGAGGAAAAAGAUGUCAAUCUUAUUGAUAAUUUUGAGUUAAAUUUAAAUGAUAGUCAGAAAUUUGAGGUUAGGUUAAGUUUGUUUGCUCAUACAGUAGAAAAGAAGCCAUUUAAAUGUGAUAUUUGCCGGAAAUCAUUUUCACGGAAAACUUGUUUAACUAUUCAUAUGCGUUGUCACACAGGAGAAAAACCAUUCGAAUGUGACAUUUGUUUAAAAACUUUUUCGCAGAAAAGUAAUUUAAUUCGACAUUUACGAAAUCAUACCGGAGAGAAACCAUUCAAAUGUGACGUUUGUUCAAAAACUUUUAGGCAGAAAAGUAACUUGAAUAUACAUAUACAAAUUCACACAGGAGAAAAGCCAUUCAAAUGUGAUGUUUGUUUAAAAACUUAUUCACAGAAAAGUCGUUUACAGCAACAUUUUCGUUCUCACACAGGAGAAAAACCAUUCAAAUGUGACAUUUGUUUGAAAACUUUUAUGCGUAAAGUUAAUUUCAUUGACCAUUUGCAAAAUCACUCAGGAGAGAAGCCAUUCAAAUGUGAGUUUUGUAAUAAGUGUUUUACACGGAAAAGUCGUUUGAAGGAACAUUUGCGUUCUCACACGGGAGAAAAGCCUUUCAAAUGUGACGUUUGUUUAAAAGCCUUUAAACAGAGAGGUAGUUUGGAUGAACAUUUACGCAGUCAUACAGGAGAAAAGCCAUUUAAAUGUGACAUUUGUUCCAAAAGAUUUUCAGUGAAAACUAAUUUAAAUACACAUGUACAAACUCACUCGGAAGAAAAGCAAUUCAAAUGCCACGUUUGUUCAAAAACUUUUUCGCAAAAAUGUAAUUUCAAUGUACAUAUUCGGAAUCACACAGGAGUUAAUCCAUUAGAAUGUAGCGUUUGCUCAAAAUCUUUUACAUAUAAAAGUUGUUUGAAGAAACAUUUGUGGCGCCACACGGAAGAAAAGCCAUAUUUGCUUAAAAACUUACUCAAGUGAUGGUUAUUUGAAAAGUCAUUUACAGCUUUGUCGUGCAGUAGACCAGCGUUUCUUAAACUGUGCUCCGCAGCCCCCAGGGCUCCUCGAAGCUUACUUGAUUUUCUCAUAAUAUUCCAGAAUUCUGAUAAAAUAAAGAAAUUGACGCUCUACGAAAUUGAGAAAUGAAUCGAAAGCAAUCGUCCCAUUAUAUUCAUAGGAACAUCUACUGUUGAAUUACUGUUUGAAUCAUCUCUUCUUCUUCUUGAGAUUAAUAGUGUGGGUUGCCAACACUUGCCAAUGUGUCUUAUACGUAAAUAGUAUUUAGUAAAGAUGUUGUGGACUUUUAAAAAACCGGGGCACCACUUGUCAAGGGUACAAAAACAUUCUUAAAUCACUUAUUCCGAUGAGUAGGCAGAUUGGGGCCUUGGAAUCAAUCAGAAUUGAUAAUUCGUUGCGUGGAGUAGGCGGAUUGAGACCCUAUAGACGAACUACUACCCUAUCCCCACCCUUUUCUUGAUAAUGACUCCGAAGUGAGAGCCGAAACGUCGAGAAUGAUUUUCUCAUAAUAUUCCAGAAUUCUGAUAAAAUAAAGAAAUUGACGUUCUACGAAAUUGAGAAAUGAAUCGAAAGCAAUCGUCCCAUUAUAUUCAUAGGAACAUCUACUGUUGAAUUACUGUUCGAAUCAUCUCUUCUUCUUGAGAUUAAUAGUGUGGGUUGCCUACCUCUACCUAUCGUUAUCGGGCAUAUGGAGAGUAGAGGUAAGGAGGACCAUCUCAUAUGGAGGCUUAGCUUAAAAACUGUCCGCUUGUAGACGGUAAAUUAUAAUUCAAAAUUUGACCAGAAUGGCGCUCCUGUCGUUAUUUUAGAUAGAGUGAAGUAUUCAGUAUUUUUAUAUUUGAAAUGACUAGAGUCGUUGAUUAAGGUACAUUGAAGUGUUUAAACAGGUAUGUAUGUAUGUAUUUACUUAUUGAUUUAUGUUCAAUGUUACAUUAUUUAGUUCUAACAAUUAAAUUAGUGAAUAAAAUCAGCGCUGCUGAAAGUUCCAAAUGAAAACUCAAUCGUCAACAAUAGGGUGGAAGAAACAGUCACAGUGUGGUCAGCAAUUCUGCAUAAUAGAUAUAAAACUUGAAGUAAUUCACUUUGUCCCAACGAUUAACUGUAUUGUUCGGUUAGUUCGAACCUUAAAUAUUUCAGAACAUAUAAAAUGUAUUAUGUAAUACCGUGUUUCUUUUUCCGAUGAAACUGUAAAUUUGUACCAGUUUUCUACAAAUCAUUGUUUAAAUCGGUAAUUAUAAUAUAAAACGAAGUUUCACCAGGAAAAUAUAAGUUGCGGACCAGCCCUUGCUGACCCUAACUGACCUUUUUAUAAAUGUUGACACUUUAGGCGCCAUGUGUAUCUUUUUGUAAUACAGUGUCUGGAAUCCAAAAGUAUACACAUCUUUCUACUUAGUAAACGCGCCGGGUAUCCUUUAGGAACACAUUCAUCUAUUACACAAAAACCUGUCGCAUUUUCCCGAUGUAAAUGAUCUGGGAAUCGGUGAUUUUACAAAAAAUUUUAAUUUUAGGUUAAUAUUUCUAGGAUAGCACGCAAGUAAUCAAUAAAACAAUUUAUAUUUUUUUGUAUUUUCAUUUUAUAAACUAUCUUUAUUAUGGCACUGGAAAAAACUAAAUAGUAAAAAAAUAAUUAUAAGCAACUGAACUUGAAAACAAAAUUAGUGACAGAAACAACUUUUACAAAAGGUCACUUCACAAAUAGAACAUUUUGGUACAACUCGGGAAGCUUUUCGCAGUUUUUCCUUGUCAACUGUAUUUGUUGUAUAGUUUUCCUUUUCACUCCAUCUUUCGUAUUCGGGACCAGGUGAUGUUUAGCACUGACCGAGCGAAGUGUGGCAGCCACUGAUGUGUGAUUGGAUCUUUUGAGCAUACCUGUAAUAUUUCGUUCACAAAACUCUGUAAUUGUUAGUUUCUUUUCAUAGAUAUACUGGUUAUACAAGCUGGUGCCCCAUAAGUCGCCAUCUGGUCACUUACAUCAAUUGAUGAUAUACUUAGAUCCUAAUCUUCAAUACGUGUAGGUUUUAUUAUGAUUUCACCUCUUCUGUUGCUUUUGGCGACCGUUUUUAGACCAAAUUGCUUUAUGGAAAGUAAGUAGAAUAUCGAAAAUCUCCAAUAUUAUUAGAAUACUUCCGGGUUUAGAAGGUCCUGCUCGUCGGAAUCCUCUCUUAUCGGAACUAGAUUCUCGGAGGGUUUUCAUCUCAGACUCAGACUCAAUUGAAAAUAUUCUACCCACAAAUGAAAAAAUUAGAACCAGAAUAUAAAAUACUAAAAUAACCUUACGAUUCAAUUUAAUGUUAUUGCUUUAUGUACUGUAUAGACAAUUCAGAAGGGAGAGUUCCGGACGAGUGGAAAAAACUGGUGAGUUUUGUCUGCCGUCCUGAUGUUUCCCGCUUCAUUGCUGCCAAGUCGCGCCAUCUCUGACUUCUUCAUGAUCAGCAUAUUUAAUGCCUGCUUAAAAAAUUUUUAGCCCUUAUUUAUACGCUACUUUACGGGGCUCAACAGUAUCAGGUUCUUAAACAUCUUCAGUAUCGUCACCGUUAACAAGUGUGACAAUUUAUUCGUCGUCUCCAGAAAGCUACUCUCCUACUCUAACCAAAGAUGCUUCCUCACAUCCAGGGAAAAAUAUUUUCUUGGAUUUCAUCGGUUUUUUCGUCCUCAUCCAACAGCAUCCCAGGCACUUGCAAUCGAAUAGGCCACAUCUUUCAGAUUUAUGGUUUUUAACUUGAUUAAGUCUUGGCCAUCCUGAGUUUCUCGUAUGAGGGUCGAGAGAAGGAUUCUCCGAUAAUUUCUUUUAAGUGUUUCCAAAACAUCUUUGUCCAUUGGUUGACAAAUCGCAGUCGCGUUAAGAGGGAGAAACAUGGUUCUUAUAUCCCCAUCUUUAAGCCUUUCUGUAUCAGGAUAAGUUGGGGCAUUAUCCAGCAGUUAAAACUGCUUUUCGAGAAAGAUUAUUAUCUCUUAAAUACUUUUCUGUCGAUGGUACAAAUUCUUUGAAAAACCAGUCUGUAAAAAUGUCACUGUUCGUCUAUGCACUUUUUUGGAUAAAAUAUUUUACCGGCAGAGCAUUUUUCACGUUUUCUAUCAUUGCCAGUUCCAUUUUGUCGUUUGAUGUAGCAUUACUACAGACCAAAAUCGUGACCCACAUUUUAUAAUUAAGGCCCGUUUCAUCGCAAUUAAAUAUUUGAUCUCCGGUGAAGCUUUUAGCUGCAAUAAAUGUUUGAAACCUCUUCCUAAAUUGUUCCAUUUAUUCAAAGUUUGAUGACAGUUUUUGACCACAAAUGCUCAACUGACGGAUUCCAUACCGCUUCUUCCAACGAUCUAACCAACCAACGCUAGCUAGCUGUAAAAUCUGCACCGCCUCUUCUUCUAAGAUAGGCACUCCUAGCACGUACUUAUGCCCACAAGGUAUCGCAGACACAUAAACUCAAUGACGGCGGCAAGCAUCGGCAUACUAUUUUCGAAGAUUUUUGUUGUAUUAAUUACUUUAAAUAAGUACCGAGUGGCGGUUAAUCGAAACUCUACUUUAUUAUUGUAAUUGCAAGACGCAUUUAAAAAUCGCAUUGCAUUCUAUCGAUUCACUAGCAAUAACAAAUCAAAUUAUACAGAGUUCUUUGACGAGGUUAAAACAAAAGCUUUAAAAAAAUUAAGUGCUACACCGAGCAACAUCAAUCUGCUAAAGUUUAUUUUGAGAUAUUUGGUCUUCUCUUUUGCAUGCAAAUUUCCAGCUGAUGGGAUCCGACUAAUCCAGAAUCACACCCACAUCUCAACGCAUUAUUAGACGGUUUUGAGUUUCCACCAAAAAAGGAAAAAUAUUCCAAUGUUUGAAAAACUCAACAUUCCAGUGAAUGUGUUCGGUCUUGAUAUGUGUUUUAAAAAUGGAAAAAGAUUUGUACACGUGGUAGUAGUCCUUCGCAUUUUACUUCUAAUCGCAUGCCAACCCACGUCAAUUUAUUUUUAAUACCGGAUGAUGAUUUAGUUCGAUUGGUCAGGAAACAAAAAUCUAAAUGUGAACGAACACAAAAUCCUGUUAAAGUUUGUCAGCACCGAACAUACUCUUUUGCUCCAUCUUUUGAUGAUAGAUAUUCUAAAUUUUUAACUUAUCGUGGACAAAAUGCCGGAGUUGAAUCAACUAGCGCGUAAAAUAUAUCACAAUCACUUGAAACAUGUGAAGUCGGCAACCCACUGUCAUAUUUUCGAAAAAUUUUGUCAUCACGGUGAUCCUAGAGCAGGAUACACAUACACCGGUAUGCCUAUGCGCAGGCACGCGACAUCUGUUUCGCACAAUGUGACGUCACGUUGGAAUCAAAAUGUGAAGUUUAAUGUGAGGCGUGGCAUUGCAAAACUCACUAUUCCAUAUUUUUCCAAUAUCAAAGUAAUCAAGGAUUUCGAAUCUAUAAAUGUUCCUCACAACAAUUGAAGUGUGUUGUCAUUGCAAAAAUGAUUUUAUCCCUAUUAAAUUCACACGAGAAAAAUGGGGUCACUUCAAAACUCAUGAUAUUUUACUGAAACGGCGCUGCGGUACUAACUAUAACUACUGACCGCACUGUCUACCGUUUUUUACUGAUAAGGAACAGAAAUUUUAUGAGUGCGGAAUCAUGAAGGUGAAAGAAAGAUGGCAAAAGGUCAUUGAGCAAAAUGGCAAAUAUGUAAUUGAUUAAAAACUAUUCUUUGUUCAAAAAAAGUGUUUUAUUUUAUACUACAAAACUGAAAUUACUUUGUCGUUAACCACAUCAAAUUGAUGGAUGCUAAACGAAUGUUACGUUUAAAUGGCUUCUCUGUGACA